AUGAAUGACUCUGAAUGAGAGCGUCCUUUGACAGUAUCGAAAGGAUCAUUCACAGAGUCACACCUCGUAGUGUUGUCAGCUUAUAAAUACUAUUGACAACACUUCUCUUUCUCAAAGCGUUCUCUCAAAUAUCUCUGAAUUGAUCUCUCAUCAAUGGCUCAAUUGGCCGCAUCUCAGGUUGCUGUUACUGUUCCUGUUGGAAGCGAUUUGUCCACUAGGAGAUCUGUGUUUAAGACUCAUAGCAUAAGCUUUCAUGAUAAAUCAUGGGCACCUUCCUUAUCAUUGGACUUAAAAACGAAGAAUGCACAGUUGAGAAAUCGACACAUAAUUUGCCAAUCAGUGCAACAAGCCAGUGUACCUAAAGUUACUGUUUCCCCUUUAAACCUUGAAGAUGCUAAAGAGCCCCCACUAAAUACAUACAAGCCUAAGGAACCUUAUACUGCAACCAUUGUUUCUGUGGAGAGGAUUGUUGGCCCUAAAGCCCCUGGAGAGACUUGCCAUAUUGUGAUUGAUCAUGGUGGCAAUGUUCCAUACUGGGAAGGACAGAGUUAUGGUAUAAUUCCUCCUGGUGAAAACCCAAAGAAACCAGGGAGUCCACAAAAUGUUCGUUUGUACUCAAUUGCCUCCACUAGGUAUGGAGACACUUUUGAUGGCAAAACAGCCAGCUUUUGCGUUCGUCGUGCUGUUUAUUAUGACCCUGAGACUGGAAAGGAGGAUCCUUCCAAGAAUGGUGUAUGCAGCAAUUUUUUAUGCAACUCAAAGCCUGGAGAUAAAGUUAGGGUCACAGGUCCCUCUGGCAAGAUAAUGCUUUUGCCUGAAGACAACCCAAAUGCCACCCACAUAAUGAUUGCUACUGGAACUGGCAUUGCUCCAUAUAGAGGCUAUCUUCGUCGUAUGUUCAUGGAGGCUGUUCCUACAUUCAAGUUCAAUGGCCUUGCUUGGCUGUUCCUUGGGGUUGCCAAUUCUGAUAGUCUCCUCUACGAUGAUGAAUUUAAAAAGUAUCUUAAGGACUAUCCAGAUAACUUCCGCUAUGACCUGGCCCUUAGUAGAGAGCAAAAGAGUAAGAGUGGAGGCAAGAUGUAUGUUCAGGACAAGAUUGAGGAAUACAGUGAUGAAAUUUUCAAACUGUUGGAUACUGGUGCCCACAUUUAUUUCUGUGGUCUUAAGGGAAUGAUGCCUGGGAUCCAAGAAACGCUUAAGAGAGUUGCAGACCAACGAGGGGAGAAUUGGGAAGAGAAGCUCUCACAGCUCAAAAAGAACAAACAAUGGCAUGUUGAGGUCUACUAAGCUUGAUGCUAUGACUUCCUGUUUCAUGAAAAUUGCAUCAGCCUUUUGAUGCUAGGAACUUGGCCUUUUUUUUUAAAAUAUUUUUUUUAUUGACCAGUUUUUUAGAUGGAGCUUGAAUGGUAGUUAUCAUUUUUCUGUGUUAUUAAAUGACAAAUGAGACAAGUUUGAUUCCCUUGGUUAAUACAAAUUAAGAAGCCCUUUCAAUGGGAUUCUUGCAGCAUUACAUA